CCGCCUUCCCUUUCUCGCCGCCGCAGUGCUCCGGUGUCGCCGCUCCCCUCCUCCGCCCCGCGCCGUGACUCUUUUCCCCCUUCUUUUCCCCUCAGAGGAUGUCCGCCUUCCAGGUCAACCUCAACCCGCUCAAGGAGCCGCUCGGCUUCAUCAAGGUCCUCGAGUGGUUUGCUUCCAUCUUCGCUUUUGCCACCUGUGGCGGGUUUAAGGGCAAAACAGAAAUUCAAGUGAGUUGUCCUAAACUUGGUAACAAUAAGACAGUUACAGCUACUUUUGGUUAUCCAUUCAGGUUGAAUCAGGCAUCAUUUCACACUCCUUCAGAUGUCAGUGUGUGUAAUGUGACCUGGAAGAACCAUGUCCUCAUAGGUGAUUACUCCUCUUCUGCACAGUUCUAUGUCACAUUUGCAGUCUUUGUGUUCUUGUACUGCAUCGCUGCCCUUCUGCUCUAUGUUGGUUACACGAACCUCUACCGGGAGAGUCGUAAACUCCCCAUGAUUGACUUUAUUGUUACUCUUGUUGCCACUUUUCUGUGGUUAGUGAGUGCCUCGGCCUGGGCUAAAGCCCUUACAGAUAUUAAAAUAGCUACCGGACACAGUAUUAUCAAAGAACUUGAGCCUUGUCAAAACCUACAAAUACAAUGUCAGUUUGUCUCUGUGACUAGUAUGGGAUCCCUAAAUGUAUCCGUGAUCUUUGGCUUUCUGAAUAUGAUACUUUGGGGAGGAAAUGCUUGGUUUGUGUACAAGGAGACCAGCUUACAUAAUCCAUCAAAUAUGUCAGCUUCCCACAGCCAAGGAGGUGUUCCACCCCCUUCUGGAAUAUAAUUAAAGGGAGAAUACACUGAAUGAAAUGUGUGCUAUACUCUGCCUUGUUGCCAACAUCUUGAGAAGCAUUAUUGUUUCUAAUAAAAAGUAAUGGCUUUUUCAGUAAAUUGGUGGGUUUUUAAAUUUGCUGCUUUUCUACAUAAAAUGUGCCUUUUCUAGAAAUUUAAGAUGUAAAUGUAUUUUUACAUGUAAGUUUGAAAAUUCAGGAGCCUGUUAAAAGAUGAUACUUAUUUUUAAGUGAAUAGUAAUUUCACUAAGUUGCCUUCUAAAGUGUUUACACCUUAAACUUUAACAUAAACCUUCAUUUAGAAACCAGUUCUGUCAUAUCAUAAUAUAGGAAGAAUUUGUUUGAGACAUACACUACUGUUAGUUUGUAUACAUCAUAUAUAAGGCUUGGCUUGUUUAAGGAAAUCUUGAAUGCAUAAAUCAUAUUUAGAAAAAAAUUAGUGCAAUUUUAUAUCUGAAUAUUGUUCAUGUUAAGAUUUUUUGAAUUGCAAAACUGGGUAUGUAUUUUGUUUCUUUUUUCUAAAUGACCUGCUAUACUUAUUAGGUGUACUAAAAUUGUCUUAGGAGCAAGGAUUUGAAAAUUGUAACAAAUGUGGAGAGUUAACUUUGCACUUCUGUUGCAUGAGGUAUAUUCAUUAUUUCUGGUGGUUUCUUAGGCUUGAAAAGAACACGGUUCCCACGAUGGUUUCAUAUGUGUGGGCAUUCUCGAUGAUAGUUGUUUGCUCUCUUUUGUUCAUGCCAAGAGAGAAAUAUCUACUUUUUUUUUUCAGACCCUAUUUAGAGGGUUACUAAAAAUUAAGGUUGUUUUUUAUUUUUGAAACAUUUGACAUUUGGUCAAUGAAGUUGCUUCUCCUGAGUUUAACAUUGACAUUGUAAAAAUAAAUGCAGUUCGGAUUUCUUAUUUCUUAAUCUUCAUUCAUAGGUCACAAAAGGAUGAUUAAGGAAUUAUGCUCAGAAAUGAAUCUAAGUAAGCUGUAUUGUGUGUACUAUCGUUACACACAUUUGGGUGUGUUCAGAAUGCAAUGCUAUUCGUUCCUCAGCUUUUUUGUUGUACAGGGAUUCAGACUUCCUAUUCUUACAUGAUGAUGUUUGUAUGUGACACACAUCUUGCAAUAUUGCUUAUUUUUGUUGCUUUAUUCAUGGCAAAGUGUCUGUGUGAGAAUGUAUGUUUAAUACAGCAAACAAUAAAGAAGUUAAAGAAUAAACAA